UUAUAAUAUUAUAUUCAAAAUGAGCAGCACUUCAAUUGAACUCAAUGCAGAGGAUUCCGAACAAUCCUAUUUGUCCAACAAUUUGGAAGAAACUAGUCAGCAUUAUAGCAUCGAUGUGAGCGACAAUAAGGAAAAUGAGGAUACGCAGUCAGGAUAUUCUCUAUUUACACUUGUAAGCGGUAAAAAUAAAAGGCUAAAGAAUAUCUGCCAGGCGUGGAUCAGAUGUUAUAUGAAUAAUCCUACAGAUGCAUUGAUUAAGCUCAUGCAGUUUGUUUUGGAGGCCAGCGGCUGCAAUUAUCAAAUACCCCAAAGCCAAAACUUACCAUUUGACUUUGGCAAUAUUCUCAUUACAGCCACGGCUCAUUUUGGCAAUAAAAGUGUGCAAUAUCCCAUGACAAUGAAAAUGCGUUAUUUGUUGGUCAAAAAUAUCAGUCAGUUUGUGAAGGAACUAAUGAAUUCUGUGAUCUCUACGCCCAUCAUAUUGGAUGACUACUUCCUGAAGAAUAUCACUGGGUUUGUGAUGGUUGCGGCCGACUCGAAGGUGCGUGCCUUUAGACACACCACAACCCUAAUAGCAUUGAAGAUGAUGACGGCGCUGAGUGCCACCGUUUUCCUGGCGAAUGUGAGGCUCCGGCAGAUUUGGCUGCAGCUAUUCGCCAAAGUCUACUUGGAGCGUUGCAUGGAUUGUGUGGAGCAUAUUCGCCAAAUGAGUGCGGCCGAGUUCGGAGUGUGGAUCAAAGAGUAUCCGAAUUGCUAUCUGAACCCGGAUGAUGUCAAGUAUUUGUUCGUUUCGCUGCAGGAUAAUGCGGUAAAGGUGUGUGAAUGCAGCUUUCAGGCAUUGUUUAAGUUGCAUGCCAAUGCUUUGCUGCGUGUCGCCUGCGUUGAGCAGGGCAUUAAAUACCGAAAUACCCUGCUCGGUCUGACGAUGAGCGCCGAGAAUGAAAUUAGCCAGAUGGCCAUACAACUGGUGGGCGACCUUUACAGAUCAUCGCCCCACAUACUCGACGAGAACAUGCAGCUGGCAAUCGAGUCCCUGGUCUUUGCUGCCCAUCGUGGCGUUGCCCAAGCGGCAGCCGCACUGGUUCCGUUCCAUUAUCGCGACGACAUCUCGGAGCCGGAGCUUCUCCAGAUACUGGUAAAGUUCUUUCUGCGUGUCGCGGGGCAUGAGCAUUGCGCCUUUCUCAUCGAUGCCUACUACGGUCGCAAUGACAUUGUGCUGGCCUGGUCCAGCAUGAUCUCCAUGCUGCUGACGCCUCCGAACUUAGAGUCUUGGCGACGGGAGGAGAACAGUUGUCUCAUUGAGAUCAUGUCGCGGGCCAUCAAGCAGGCGGUUAGUGGCGAGGUGCCACCGGGUCGCUACACGGAGUAUCCGGUGCAUCAGCCGCUCUUGAAUGCCAAGAAGUUGGUCGCAACCGUAUUGCUGCCAGAUUUGGCGGCACUUAUGCGCCAGUAUCGUGACCACAGCAACGAUCUGCGUAAUCUGCUCGAGCUACCGCAAUACAUGUUCUUGCAGGGGCCACAGGUGAAGGCGCUGCUCGAUCAGAUCGGCGACAUGAUGUUCGAGGAGCAGGAGAACUGUGUGCUGCGCAUGGGUGCCCAGACGCUGGAGCAUCUCUACGAUCAGAGCGAUAGCAACGACAAUCAUUGCAAGCAGCUGCUCAACAGAGCGGUGACCAAUUAUAUUAUUGCCUCCAAGCAAUCCCCAUCGGAGGAGCCAUCCCAGCGUUUGCUGGUUACGCUACGUCUACUCUCCGCACUGUAUGCCCACUUUGAUCUUAGGGAGUGGCAGCUGAGCGAUCCAGUGCUGCUCAUUCUCAGGCAGGAUUCCGCUCCAUGCCCAAAGGCACUUUGUCUCUAUCUGAAGUUGAUGUACUCGUCUCUCAGCUGGGAUCUGAAGUAUCUGACCCAUGCCGACAACAUCGACAUGGCCGAGGAGUGCAGGGCAUUGCGGCAACGCUUGGAAUUGUUCCUGCUGGUGACUACCAGUCUUAUCGAACACUCAACGGAGCUCAAAGUUAGCUGCACAGCCUUUGUCUGCACCUGCGAUUUGUUUUGCCUGUUUGCCGAUGAGCUGCGUCAAAGCGAGGACACCAAUAUCCUUGGCUUGGAAUAUCGAACCAAAUCCAGUGAUUAUGUGCUGCUCGAGAGGUUUCUGGAGCGCUAUGUGUUUGCCGACGCGGAUGUGGAAGCUAUUCACAAGUUGACUCAACCCGAACAGUUUGCUCAGCUCCAGAGUAAGCGUCGCAUUCUGACCAGCUACUUGAAACUCUCGUUCCACAAUGUGAUGGUCAUGAUGCGCACUUCCAUUGCCCUCCAGCAUUAUAGGACAUUCCAUUUGCCAUAUGGGGAUAUAAUGCGUUCCUUGAUGGAGCGCAGUAUUGCGAUGAAUCCCCCGAACUUUGGCAUGACCCUGAUGCACACCAUCUUAAUGGUGUAUAAGCGCAUUCGAGUGAACUAUCCGGACGCGAGUGUGGCUGCGACAUCUUUGGAUUUUGCUGAGCUCAUCAGGCUGGCCGAGAUGCUGGCGGAGCAGUUGAACUCCAGCCAGCUGGAGGCUCGUCAAUCCGUAGUCGUUCUACAUCGGGCCGGCAUCCGGUUUGCCUCGGAUCAUCAGAAUAGCAAUCUGUUGUUUUUGAGCGUCACCCAACAGUUUAUACCGCAACUUCUCGCCCAGGAUAUGCUGGAUGUGCACAGAUUCCUGAACACCAACUACCCCUCGAAUCUGUCCAACAGUAGUACCGAGUACUGGCUAUCACUCGUCUCCUAUCGCAACGCCCUGGACAUAGCCAUCGCAAAGAGCUGUCGCCGUGACUUUCAUUUGCAACAGGAAGAAUAAUUGAAGGCAACGAAAUGAGCAAUCCAUUAGCAUAGAAAUGGAAAACGGACCAAGCAUUUUGCAGGCAUCUAUCAGAAACCGACUAAAUACUUUCGAUAGUUAAUCAAACAUUAUUUUCUUCUGGUGAUUAAUUUAUGAACAUUUUUUACUCCAAUUAUUUUCACAGAGUAAAGUCUUAUCAUAGA